AUUGAAGUGGGUUUAACCAGAAUGGAGCAAUGAAAAUCCUCAAAAAUUCAUAGAUGAGAGCCAACCAUCUGGCCCACGAUAUUGCACAAUGGGCCGUGGAAAUUCAAUGGACUGGACGCAUUCCCAAAUCCAGUGGCGAUUUACUAUUUUGGGUUCCUCUUUGAAAUAAUUUACAUUACUGCAACCUGAGUCUGUUCCCUCUUGAGUCAGACAGACUAGUGUCCAAAAGGCAAAAGCGAUCAAGUCUUAAAGGCGCUUAUUUUCCUCCACUGCUUCAAUUCUCAUUAUCUCUACAAGGUAUGGCACCAACCCAUCACUCUCUGUUGUAUACUCUUUUAUUGAAUUGAAGUAAAAUCACGAUAUUCGAUCAAUCUGUGGAGGUUGCACUGAAAAUAUGGCAUCACUCAGAUUGUCCAUCUUCUUUGACACUGUUGACCCGAAAAGGUCCAAUUUUUCUGUCAACCCAAUUCAAUUCCCUGAUCGUUGUUCCAUUUCUAGCUAUAUUCGUGUUACUAGACCUCACAUAGUCACUUUUGUUGGUGAAUUUAGUAACAUUAAUGUCUCUGGUUUGGCAACCGAGUCGAGUGAAGGUAGUAACGACAACCUUUUAUCUAAAAAAGGGGAUUUGGUUAGUGAAACUAUGGUUGAGGAAAAUCCGAAUUCUUCAAUGGAAGUUAGAAGGAGGAAUAGGAUUGGGAAGAGAGGGGCUGAAAGGGAUAAGGGUGUUAAGUUUACUUUUAGAAGGAAUAGGGAUCAUAAUGAAGGAAAAACAGAUUAUUUUUUUGUGUUUGAUGGUGAAUUGGAUGUUAAUUACUCUGCUGUUGGGCCUGACUUGAGUUUGGAACAGUGUAACAUGAUCUUGAAACGGCUUGAAAAGUGUGGUGAUAGCAAAACUUUGAGAUUUUUUGAGUGGAUGAGGAGUAAUGGGAAGUUGGAGAAGAAUGUAAGUGCUUAUAAUUUGGUUUUCCGAGUGCUAGGGAGGAAAGAAGAUUGGGAUGCAGCGGAGAAGAUGGUUAGAGAAUUAAGUACUGAUUUGGGAUUUGAGUUGAAUUUUCAGGUUUUCAAUACAGUUAUAUAUGCUUGCUGUAAAAGGGGGCGUGUGGAUUUGGUUGCGAAGUGGUUUCAACUAAUGCUGGAGCUUGAGGUUAAGCCUAAUGUUGCCACCUUUGGUAUGGUCAUGGGACUUUACCAGAAGGGAUGGAAGAUUGAGGAGGCGGAGUUUGCAUUCCGUCACAUGAGAAGUUUUGGGAUUAUAUGUCAAUCAGCAUACUCGGCCAUGAUUACAAUUUAUACCCGCUUAAAUUUGUAUGAUAAAGCAGAAGAGACUAUUUGCUUAAUGAGAGAAGAUAAAGUUGUAAUGAACGCGGAAAAUUGGUUGGUUUUGCUUAAUGCUUACAGUCAGCAAGGCAAGUUAGAGGAAGCCGAGCAGGUUUUGGUUUCAAUGCAAGAGGCGGGCAUUUCUAGUAAUAUUGUUGCAUAUAACACAUUGAUUACUGGGUAUGGAAAGGUAUCCAAUAUGGAUGCUGCUCAAUGCUUAUUCCUAAGCUUAAAAAGUAUUGGAUUGGAGCCUGAUGAGGCCACUUAUCGCUCCAUGAUUGAAGGCUGGGGUCGGGCUGGAAAUUAUUUGGCGGCAGAACGGUAUUACAAGGAUCUUAAGAGAUUGGGUUACAAACCUAACUCUUCCAACUUGUACACGCUAAUAAACUUGCAAGCCAAACAUGGGGACAAAAAUGGUGCCAUCAGAAUUCUUAAUGAUAUGCUGAAGACAGGAUGCCAGUAUUCCUCCAUCAUUAGUACUCUUUUGCAAGCAUAUGAGAGGGCUGGAAAGAUUGAUAUGGUGCCUCUUCUUUUGAGAGCUUCUUUCUACCAACACAUUCUAGUCAACCAGACCUCUUGCUUCAUGGUGGUCACGGCUUAUGUGAAGCAUCGCUUGGUGGAUGAUGCUAUAAUGGUCUUAAGGGACAAAAAGUGGGAGGACAAAAAUUUCGAGGAUAAUUUGUAUCAUUUGUUAAUAUGUUCAUGCAAGGACUCGGGCAAUCUUGAAAAUGCUGUUAAGAUAUACACUCAAAUGCCCAAAUCAGAUGACAAGCCAAACUUGCACAUCUCAUGCACUAUGAUUGAUGUUUAUGGCAUCAUGGGUCUAUUCACCGAAGCUGAGAAGGUUUAUAUGAACUUAAAAUCUUCUGGAAUUGCCUUGGACAUGAUAACCUUCAGUGUUGUUGUUAGGCUGUAUGUCAAAUCUGGAUCUUUGAGUAAUGCUUGCUCUGUUUUAGAAACAAUUGAGAUGCGAAAGGAUAUCAUUCCUGAUAUACAUCUUUUUCGUGAUAUGCUUCGUAUUUAUCAACGAUGUGGCAUGCUGGAUAAGUUAGCAGAAUUGUAUUAUAAAAUAUUGAAGAGUGGAAUAACAUGGGAUAAGGAAAUGUACAUUUGUGUCAUAAACUGCUGUGCUCGUGCUCUUCCUGUUAAUGAGCUCUCUAGGCUUUUUGAUGAGAUGCUUUCACAUGGGUUCACUCCUAAUACCAUCACCUUCAAUGUGAUGCUAGAUGUUUAUGGGAAAUCCAAGCUUUUCAAUGAGGCUAGGAAAUUAUUCUGGAUGGCAAAGAAACAAGGUUUAGUUGAUGUUAUUUCCUAUAACACUAUUUUUGCUGCUUAUGGACAAAAUAGGGACUUCAAAAAUAUGUCAUCAACUAUUCGGCACAUGCAAUUUGAUGGGUUUUCUGUUUCUCUUGAGGUCUACAACUGUAUGCUGGAUGUCUACGGGAAGGAAGGUCAAAUGGAGAACUUUAGAACUGUUCUGCAGCGAAUGAAGGAAGUGAGAUGUGCCUCUGAUCACUAUACUUAUAACAUUAUGGUCAAUAUCUAUGGGAAGAAAGGUUGGAUUGAUGAAGUUGCUGACGUACUGACAGAACUGAGUGCUUCUGGACUUAAACCUGAUUUGUGCACCUAUAACACAUUGAUAAAGGCAUAUGGAAUUGCUGGAAUGGUUGAAGAUGCUGUGGCUUUGGUCAAGGAAAUGAGAGACAACAGGAUAGAACCUGAUAAGAUAACCUACACCAAUUUGAUCAAUACACUUCAAAAGAACGAUGAAUUCUUAGAGGCUGUGAGGUGGUCGUUGUGGAUGAAGCAGAUGGGAUUGUGAAUUAGAGAGCGUCAAUGCUCAUAUUUGAUUUCCUUCUUGAUAGCUCCCCGUGUUCAAAAUCCCAGAUUUCACAUCCCAUUAAACAAUUCCCUAAAUUUUGCUACUCCUGAUCAAAUGAGACAGGCCCUUGGCUCAGUUAUUCCGAAAGCAUUCCCAUGGGCAUUUGUGCAAAAGGAAGUGACCUCAUUUUCUGUCUUGGCAGAUGUAAGCUUUAUUGACUGUAAAGUGAUUCCAGUGCAAGCUACAGCCCGGCUGCAGUUGAGACUGACCGCCACAUCCGUCAUUGAUGUUCCAGAGAAAUUGCUGAAGAUCGGUUUCGAUCACCUGCGGCGAUUAUGGAGUUUGUGAUAGAAAUGUUGUGAGCUGAUUGGAUGUGGAUGCCAUCAGUGUUAGGGCUGUCUCCUGGAGAGUUGAUGAAGAUAUUGUCGAUGCCAAUACCGGAUGACCCAAAUAGUAGGAUAUGCGCUUGUGGGCUGUUGAUGAAGUGAACAUUACUGAGCGUAAUGUCGUUGCUUGAUAGGAAACUCAAUGUCUGUAAUUCACUUUAUGAAUCAGUUUCUC